AUGCCCUUCCGGAUAAGAAUAUCCUCGCAGCGGGAGUUCUUGUUUAAAUUCCACGCGAGGAGCGGGCGGAUCGGCGAGGCGGAGGAGGCUUUCGAUCGAGUGCCGCAGCGCAAUGUUGCCGUGUGGAACAUGAUGAUCCACGCGUGUGCUCAAAGAGAUCAGCUUUUGGAGGGAUCUUGGGAGGUUUUCCACCGGAUGCCUCAACAUGACACUGUGUCGUGGAACACGAUGAUCGCGGCUUUGUCCAAGGCUGGAAAUGCGAGGGAUGCCAUCGCCCUCUUUGAGGGGAUGUUUCAGCGCAGCGAUUUGUCCUGGAAUCUCGUCAUCCAGACGUUUGCCUCCACUGGGAAUUUGCCCAGUGCCAAGCUUGCGUUUGAUUUGAUGCCACAAUGCUCUACCAAUGCAGUUCUUUCAGUAAAUGCCAUGUCCGGGCAUUUGGAGUAUGCUAGAUCUUUGUACGAGACAAUGCCGCACAAGAGCGCGGCGUCUUGGGCGACGAUGAUCGAAGGCUACUUCCUCGCUAAAGACUUCCACCAAGCUUGGCAUUUGAUCUCUUUGCUUCCAGCAAAGAACCUCUGCCUGGAGACCGUGAUAAUCUCCGGACACGCCAAGCAAGGCCACCUCCACGAAUCCAAGCUCGUCUUCGAUUCCAUCCCCGAGAAGAACGUCCUCUCCUGGAACGCUGUCAUCGCCGCCUUCUCCCACAGGGGAGCCCUGCUAGAGGCCAUGAACUUCUUCCAAGAGAUGCUCCUUGAGGGAGUCGCUCCAAUCGAGACCACCUUCACUGCCCUGCUCCACGGUUGCAGCCACGAAGGACGAAUCGGCCAAGGCCAGGAGAUCUUCUCUGCGAUGAUCCGAGCUCACGGCAUCACCCCCCUCGUUGAUCACUACAACUGCAUGGUCGAUGUUCUUGGGCGCUUGAAAAGACUCGAGGAAGCCGAGGAGCUCGUCCGCUCUAUGCCGGUUCCUCCGAGCUCGGUCACCUGGACCACGCUUCUCAGCGCUUGCCGGCACCACGGAGAUGCCGAAAGAGGCAGCCGAGUCGCGGAGAUACUGCUCCAGCUGAGCUCUCGGAGGCCGCUCUCCGGUUGA